CUGGUGUUCUAAAGAUAGGUACUCAGUUGCCACUGCCUAACAGACGAAUUGCAUCUCACUGAUAAAAUCAAAUAUGGAAUUGUCAGAGGUCACCACAAUGAUUCCUUCGCCAGACCCGUACCACUUUCCUUCUCAUCUGGAGACCUUCACCAGGAUGGAUCAACUGUUUGUCUUCAGAGAAGUAACUAUGGAAGAACGUAUUGCAGAAGGUUUCUUUGGAAUAAAGCCUAUCAAGAAAUAUAAUGUGAAGGAUGAAACUGGAAACAAGGUUUUCAGUAUUCUUGAAGACAGUGAGCGCUAUGCCAGGAAAAUGUAUGGUAGUGGACGUUCCUUCAUAAUGAAGAUAACUGACCAAUCAAAUCAAGAGGUCAUCAGACUGGUGCACCCGUCUGUUUGCUGCUAUAUCAACCAUGAGCUGGAAGUUCAGUCUCCACCGGGCACUCCCAUUGGAUAUGUUCGACAAAACUUGCAUGCUUGCCUACCUAAAUUCACUGUUGAGAAUGAACGAGGUGAACCAGAAUUCAAGAUUGAGGGCCCAUGUGUAGGUUGUACCUGCUGCUCGGAUCAAAACUUUGAGCUGGUGUCUUUGAAUGGGGCAGCAGUAGACCAGUCAUUUGGCAAGAUCUUCAAACCUUUCUCAUGUAGUAGACCAAAUGCAGUUGCAGAUUUUGUGUUGAGGUUUCCAGGGAACCUGGACGUCAAAAUGAAAGCUACUGUACUGGGAGCCUGCAUGCUUAUUGAUUGCAUAUAUUACGAACUGUUAAAAUAAAUGGAAAAUUAGGCCUUCUUUAGAGAGAAGAAAGGACGAAAUACAUAUGUCUGACUGAUUGCCAAAACAUCCCCCAAUAAAAGCAGAAGAGACAAGAAUUAAAGUUACAUUUGACCAAUCUUUUUUUUUUUUUUUUUUU